UUUAUAUUUUUUCUAGGUGCUAGCCAGGAGAUGCCUUUUGCGUUAUUUUUAUCAUCAACUGCAUAAAGUUAGAAAAGGUGUAGCAUCAAAAUUAUUCAAACAACAUGAAACCAGUAAACAUAAAUUUGAAUUAAAAAAUUUCAAACUCCAUAUGUUUACUAGUCAUGUCCCAUGUGGCGAUGCUUCAAUUUUACUGAAAGAAAAUGGCUCUUCACUUCAUAAUUUUAAAUCUCCAGAUAAAAUUUGUGAAGAUGUCAAUAAAUCGGAAGAUGAAGCAAAUAAAAUUGGAGCUAAGCAGGAGAGCUUAGAUUGUGCUUCAGUUUCUAGUGAUGACUACAAAAAAUCUAAUUUGAAAAGAAGAAAUACUGAUAGAGACGUUAUUGAACAAAACCUUUACAACUUGAAUGAAUCAGUUCCAUAUUUAGAGAAUACUGAUCACAAUAAUUUAGGAGUUCUUGAUAGUAAAUGUAGCAACGAAUACAGAACAUAUCACGCUAUUGAUGGAAAUAUUGAUAAUGAAUUGUCAAGAAACGGAAAAUUUAAGGGUAAAUCGUCAAUCAAUCAAUCUUCAGUUAAAGAAAAACUUGAUUUGUUGGUCUCAACGGACUUUUCUCAUAAUUUCCCAAUUAAAAAACAAAAAUUAGAAGAUGAUUACAACAUUUCCAACCAAGUGAGCUCAAGUGAGACCUGUGAUAACAAUACACAAGUUUCCAGUUUUGUUGAAACGUUUGGUUUCUGCAAAGAUAGUGACAGUGUGGGCAAUAUAGUGGCUGAUAUUCAUAGAACAGGUGCCAAGUGCCUUUCCAAUAGUGGAUUGCAAGAUGCCAAGGAUCCGGGAACUGGAUACCAUGUGGUUGGAGUGGUUAGGACCAAACCUGGCCGGGGAGAUCCAACUCUGUCUGUGUCUUGCAGUGAUAAGAUUGCUCGCUGGGUUGCUCUUGGUGUACAGGGAGCUCUACUAUGUUCUCUAUUGGACAAGCCAAUUUAUAUGAGUUCAAUAACAGUUGGAGGUGGUGGACCCUAUUCGGCAGAAUCAAUGCAAAGAGCUCUGGUUCUGCGUUCGGGAACUGAACAAACACCGUUGCUAUUGAGAUCGAAUCUUGUUUUCGACUCAUCCAGGUACAUUAUGAACAAAGACUGCAAGCCGUGUGCCUCUGCCAUCAUGUGGACAAAUGUUCCUGAAAGAUCAUGUGAAGUAUCAGCUAGAGGCUACCGUUUAGGUGCUACAAAAACAGCAGGAGCUUUGGAAAAAGCCACCAGAGUUUGCCGACGCAACCUGUACAAGCAUUUUAUCCAGAUCACUGGAGAACGUUUCGUGAAAUCAACUUAUGCAGAAUCUAAACAGUCAUCAACUGCUUAUUCAGAACUGUGGUCCAAAGUUAAAACUUGCAUGGGUUCAUGGACAGAGAAAGAUCCCAAACUUGUGGAAUUUACAAUUGACAGUAAGGAAUUGAGCUGAAAAUUACAAUCGCGUAUUCGCAGGUAAAACACAUAAUUCAUAUCGAUAUCUAUAAUAAGUGAGAAGUGAGAUAGAACUUCGAUAUUCCUUCUUCUAAGGAAAAAGUGAUAAUUGAAAAAGAGUCCCUCCUAAUGUGCCUUAUGCUGUGUCCAUCAAUCUUAUGAUUGGGAUAAUGUUCUUUAAAUAGAUGUCAACUGAUCACCUUCAGCUUAUAUUCAAAAUAUUAAAUUAUAGAAAUAAUCUGUUUUGAUAGUAUGCUGAUUAACUUAAGUCUAAUGAAUUAUAAUAGCUGAAAACAACGAUUUAUGAAACUCACAUUAUUUAUUGCAAAAUAAAAUCUGUAUGAAUUAAGAUAAGAACUGUUUUAAGUGUUUUUUCAUUGAUGAAAAACUAUUAAAGCAUUUAUUUAGAUUUUGUAAAUACUUCUACAAAUGAGAACAUAAGAACUGGUUUAAAGUGAAAAACUAUUAAAGCAUUUAUUUAGAUUUUUUUAAUACUCCUACAAAUAAGAACAUAAGAACUGUAUUAAAGUGGUUUCUUCAUUAAUUAAAAACUAUUAAAGCAUUUAUUUAGAUUUUGUAAAUAUUCCUACACAAGAGCAUUGUCAUUCAAGUGAAUUAAUUAAUGAAACUUUACUGUAAGUUAAAACUGAAACUUGUUAGUUCAAUCAUUGUUAUUUAGCUUCUACUUUUUAUAAAAAAAAAACUUUUUCACACCGUCAAAAUUGUUUUUAUUAUUCCCUUUAUUUUAUGAGAUAAAUCCUCUUUGUUUCGUUACUUUCAAAACCAUGUGGAUACUAUUAUUAUAUGCUGCAGGCUAUUGUCGUGACAGUUAGCUUUUAUACAAAACUUCACCUCAUGAAAUAUUCUACUAGAAUUAAAUUCAUUAACUUAUAUUAAUAUUAAUCACUUAUAACUUAGUAGCCACACCAAUAAGCUAUUCUUCCACCAAACUUCGUUUAUACUUGAACAUAUUUAUUUUGUUUCUAUUCACUGUAAUAACCAUAAUAUCUAUCGAAGUAAUGACCAUAACUAUUGUAAUGGAGUGUGAGUACUUGACACUGUCUUGACAAUACAAACAUUUAUAACAUCAUACACGGUACAAAGAGGUUUUAAGUACCUAGAAAGAACAUUUAUAAACAACUCUAAAAUCUAUUUAUUUCAAGUGCACUUCUCGUACAAUUGCAUAGUGUAUUAUUCAAUUACUUUUUCUCCACCUCAUAUUAAUAACCUAACGUUCAUUGAGUUUCUUCAAAUGCUUAAUCAGAGUUUAAAAAUAUAAAAGCAGGCUAUUGUAUUGGACUUAAUAUCAUUUGAGUAUUCAACAUAAUGGUACCUCUAAAAUAAUGUUUUCUUAUAAAACAGUCAAGCCUUUCUAGUUAAUCUGAAAUCAGUACUUGGAAUUCAAACUUUGAAAUCUUUCAUUUCACUCCUUAAAAAUCUAAGAAUUAAUCAGAAUUGUAAGAACUAUAGAAUAUUGGUACAGUACGUAUUAUCAGUACAAUCGGUGUAGAAUAGUACAAUCUUUAGAAAUAGUACAAUCGGUAUAGUACAGUACAAUCUUUAGAAACAGUACAGUAGUACAGAUUUUCAUUACAACUUGAUCUCAAACAGGUAGCUAAAGGCUAUA